AUGCCUACUGUCGAGGCGAAAUCCACGAAGCGUAAGCUUCUUGACGAGAGCGAGUCCGAGUCUGAAGAUGGAGGGGCGCCUGUCAAUCUCAAGGUCAACGAGGAGUAUGCGAAGAGAUUCGAGCACAAUAAGAAUCGCGAGGAGCGACACAGACUCGAGGAGAAAUUGAAGAACCAGAAAGACAACGGCGACGAUGAUUCCUCUUCAGACGAGACCGAGGACGAAGAUGGCUUCCUCGCUACCGAGGACCUCGACGCACAAAUAUCCGCCACGCUCCAGGCCUUGCGGAGUAAAGACCCGCGCGUCUAUGACAGCAAAGUUCAUUUCUACAAGCCUGACGAGGAAGUGGGCGAUGCUGCUGCUGCUGCCAAACCCAAGGAGAAGAAGGAGAAGCCGGUCUAUCUACAAGACUACCAUCGCGAGAAACUUCUCAAAGGGGAUAUUGGAGCGUCGGAAGACGAGGACGAGGAUGCGCCGCCACAAACCUACGUGCAGCAGCAGGAUGCGCUCAGGAAAUCAGUGGUGAAAGAGAUGCACGCCGCUGGUCAGGAUGGUUCCGACGACGACAACGACGACUUCCUGGUUAAGCGGAAGAAGAUUGACGUUGAAAGGGCACCCCAGAUGUCGGCCGUCGAGGCUCGCGCUGCCAAGAAGAAGAAGCCCACGGUCGAUGUGGAAACGGCCAAUCAGAAUCCCGAGACCUUCCUGUCCAACUUUAUGGCGGCGCGCGCCUGGGUGCCCGAGGAUGGAUCAAGAUGGGCGGCCUUUGAGUCCGACGAUGGCGACGACACCAAUGACAAGGCUGACGAGUGGGAGCAAGCGUACAAUCUGCGCUUCGAGGAUCCGGAGAAGAGCAACGAAGUUCUGAAGACAUAUGCUCGUGACGUCGCCGCGGCCCGUUCGGUGCGAAGAGAAGACAAGACGGGCCGUAGUCGACGACGAGAGUUGGAGAAGGAGAAGAAGGAGGAGGAGCGGAAGCAGCGCAAAGAGGACAAGGCACGCCUGCGGAAGCUCAAAAUCGACGAGGCGGAAGAAAAGAUCAAGAAGCUCAAGCAGGCGGCGGGUGCCGUUGGCAGACAGAUCACGGACGACGAGUGGCUCGACUUCUUGGACGGGGCCUGGGACAACGACAAGUGGGAAGAGGAGAUGAACAAGCGCUUCGGCGAGGACUACUAUGCCGUGCAAGACGAGGGCGCCCUGGAGUCUGGCGACGAAGACGGAGAGGGCGGCAAGAAGACCCGCCUAAAGAAGCCGAAAUGGGACGAUGACAUUGAUAUUAAGGAUAUCGUGCCUGACUUUGACGACGGUGUGGAACAGCCCAAGAUCUCAUUAAGCGACGACGAGAACAAGCAAGCAGCCCACGGUACGGGAGUGCAAGAGGAGGACGAAGAAGAGGAAGAAGGGGCGCCGUCGUCAAAGAAGCUCAAGACCGAUCACAAGCGUGCCAAGCUCGAUUCACAGAAAAAGGUCCGUCAAGAGCGUGCCAAGCUCGAAGCACUCGUGGACUCCAAACUCGAGCUGUCCCACCACGACCUCCUCAACAAGGCAUCAUCCUCUGGCUCCGGCGGUUUCAAGUACCGCGAGACAGAGCCCCUCACGUUUGGCAUGACGGCUCGCGAUAUUCUCUUGGCGCCGAGCGACGCCGCGCUCAACGAGUACGCCGGUAUCAAGAAGCUCGCGCACUGGCGGGACCAGGAGAAGAAGGCCAAGGACGCGCAGCGCCUGAGCAAGAAGAAGAGGUUGCAAAAGUGGCGGCGCGAUGUCUUUGGCAAGGACUUUGAGAAGACGGGUCCGACGUAUGGCUUUGAGAAGUUUGUGUCGGAGAGUGACACUGGGGGCGUGCCGCUCGGUCAAGAGACCCAGGAGGAGGGAAAUAUUAUUGGUGAACUACUCCCUCAGAUCUGGAAGAACUGGAGGCGCCAUGACACAGAAUCCCUCUCGCCUCUUUUCUUCCUCUCCUGGGCUGUAGCGGGCGUCCCGUUGGGCGUGUACAAUGUAGUGUCCGACUACAACAUCGCGCUACAAGUCCAACCGCAAAUCUUGAUCUUUCUCAGCCUUAUCACAUGGUCACAGUGCCAAUACUACGGACAGCGAUGGGAUCUCAGCAAAGUCACACUCUGCUCUCUCACAAUCAUGGGCGUGCUUGGGGGUAUCGAGGUCGGGCUGGUCUUUGCGCUGCGUGUUGCCCGCGAUAGAGGCCACCACUGGGCACUGACGCUCAUGGCCGUCCUCGCUGCUGUGCUACUUGUGGCAGGCGUCCUGAGGCACUAUAUUGACAUGCUCAGGACGAAGACGGAUGGAGGCAUCAGCUUGCGCUUCGCGGCGCUGGAUGCCAGUGGAGAUGUGGCUUCGCUGCUGUCCGUUGUUUUCCAGGAGACUCUGGAUGUUCUGGGGUUGGUCAUUUACGGCAGUGAGUUUGUGGUGUGGACGGUGUUGAUGAUUCUGGUGGUCUAUUUUCGCCUGCGCGGACGUAAGCUUAAAGCUGGCAAUGGCGAAGAACCGCGUGGCGCAGCAGACGAUAUAUGA